CGUGGUCACGUGACGCCCAAGGCCUCUCCUCCUCCUCGACGCCGCCGCUCUCUCCCUGUUUUUGCUUUCGCUUCUGAGGCGGCGAAGGAGGGACCGGGGGGGCCUUGUCUUCCCCUCCUGGUUUACUAUUUUUAUUUCAUUCUUUUAUUAUUUCUCUUCAGGCGAGAAGGGCGGGGGGAGGGGUUAUAGAGAAUAAACGUCAAAACGUCGACUCGCGGGUCUUGCUUUCAGACGUUCCCCACAGAGAGAGAGAGAGAGAGAGAGACACGUGUACACGCCUCUGGACUAGCGCGCCAGGAUGGCACAGGACAAAUAUCUUUCAGCAAAGCUGAAAAUGUAUUUACGAGAAGACAAAGUUCAGCUGUGGAAACCUCCUUAUACAAAUAGUAAUAAAGAGGCUGGUGAGGAAUUAAAGAAUCUCGCAGUGCAGUAUUCAGCCAGACUAAAUUAUAAUGACAAUGAAAUAGCAGCCCUUCUGGAAGAAAUACGCUGCAAAGCAGUUGAGCGGGGAACAGGAAAUGAAGCCUACAAGACAACGGGAAUCGCAACGCUUGAAGUAGCCUUGCCUGCGAGGUUGGGUAAAACACGAAAAAAUGUCCUAGAGACAAAAUUGGUGAUCACAGGCAAGGAGCUGAGAUCACACAUAGCACAGACAUAUGGACUUGAAGAAAAUUGCAUCAAAAUAAUAAUAAACAAGAAGCAACUUGAUCUAGGAAAGACACUAGAAGAGCAAGGCAUAACACACAACGUCAAAGUCAUGGUGCUUGAGCUCAAACUGAGUGAAGAAGAAACCAGGAGAAAAGUUCGUGAAGAGGAAAUGCAACGUGAGGAAGAGGCUAUGAAGAAAAAAGAAAUUAAUAAAAAGAUGCAGAGGACAAAAAGGGGCUUAGAAAUACUGGCAGACAGAAAAGAUUCUUCUGACCCAGACAGAGUACCUUACUUGGACAUAGCAAACCAGACUGGAAGAACCAUAAAAAUUCCCCCAGAAGCCAAAAAGGCUCUUUUGUUAGCUAUGGGAUAUCAUGAAAAGGGGAGAGCGUUGUUGAAGAAAAAAGAAUAUGCUAUGGCAUUGCCAUUUCUGUUAGAUGCUGAUAAACAUUUCUGUGAAUGUGGUUCAGAUCUCCUGACCACAGUUGAUAAUUAUGCAGUUCUACAGCUGGACAUAGUCUGGUGCUACUUCCACUUAGGACAGCUGGAUUGCCUUGAUGACGCUGAGAAAAAGCUUCUUGCAGCCCACGAUUGCUUCAGAAGGUGUUAUGGAGAGAACCAUGAAAGGCUGGUCACUAUAAAAGGAAGUUCCGGGAGAGAGAAGGCUUUAUUUCUAAGGCUUUAUUUGCUUCAAGGAAUAAGCCAUUAUCAUAAUGGCAGAGAAAAAGAAGCUGCUGAACAUCUUCAAAGGGCACAUGGUUUGUUCCAAGAGUUGUGCAUCGAUCCUGACAAGAUCAACAGCUUGUUACUUCUGGGAUUCUCUGCUCAAGAAGCUCGUCUAGGACUCCGAGCUUGUGAUGGGAAUGUGGAUCAUGCUGCUAGUCAUAUUUCUAACAGGAGAGAGGAGAAGGCUCAAAUAAGGAGGGAAGAAAGAGCUAAAAGGCGAAAGCGGUUAGAGGAUAUAAACUCUUUGAAGAGUAUGGGUUAUUCAGAGCGAGCAGCGAGAGAAGCUCUUCACAAGGCAAAAGGAGACCUUGAACAAGCAGUUAAGCUUAUGCUUGACAAUCCCCAGUUACUCCUGCCAGAUGAUGAUGAUCCAGUGCCUGGGAACCAGUUUCAUGUUCUUCAGGAAAGUAUUAAUCAGUUGGUGUAUAUGGGCUUUAAUCCAGAGACAGCAGAACAAGCUCUGAAAGUAUUCAAAGGCAACAUUCAGCUAGCUGCACAAACACUGGCUCAUUAUGGGGGAUCUCUCCCAGUUGAUUUACAGACCUCUUUAGACAGCACCACUCCCUCAGAUGAAUCCAGUUCAUCCAAAGAUUCUCCAACUGAUUCUGCAGGUACAUCUGGAGCCUCAACAGAUGAAGACAUGGAAGUAGAAGUUGUCAAUGAAAUCUUAGAGGAUAUUCCAGAACAUGAAGAAGAUUAUUUGGACUUAACUCUGGAAGAAGAAGAAGUUGUCAUCAAUGAAUACCUCUCAUAUAUACAAAACCUGCAAAUACAUUCAAAGUAA